AUGACGGUGGGGAGGCGAGCGGGAGCCGCCGGCGGCGCCCGGAGCCUGCAGAUAUUCCCCCCCAGAUCCUCCUCAGACACGGAGGCAGAAGAGGAGCAGCCUGGGGCUGGGCUGGUUUUGCCUGGGGCUGGCGGACUCGAUGAGCUCUUCAGCCCAGAGGAGACAGAUUCCGCUUCUCCUGACUCAGCUGGGAGCUUUUAUGAGGCCCUGCGAGCCCUGAAGCAGAAAGGCCGGUGGUGCCUGUCGGAAUCCCUUCAUCAGUCUGACCCAGGCAGUGACGGGAGCCUCUCUGAAGACGGUGAGGACCUGGCGAGUUUCUUCCAGCACAAAGGCAGGGGGGAGCCGCAGGUCCAGCGCCCCCCAUCUCCAAGGUGUGGCUACCCACGGCGCUGCAGCUCCCUGAGCAACCUACCCUCCGACAUUCCCAAGGCUCAGACCCAGCCCCCUGCAGGCUCCCGGCCUCCUUCCCAGCACAGAAGCCUCAGCUCCUGGGCAUCCUCCAUCACUGUCCCCCAGCCGUUCCGCAUGACGGUGCGCGAGGCCCAGAAAAAGGCCCAGUGGCUGGCCUCGCCUGCCUCCUUCGAGCUCAAGAGGCGGCAGGCCCAGAGGCAGGGCCAGGAGGAGGCCGAGUGCCAGCGGCAGUUCCGAGCACAGCCCGUGCCUGCGCACGUCUACCUGCCCCUCUACCAUGAAAUCGUGGCGCGCAGCGAGGCCCGAAGGCAGGCAGGGAUCCAGAAGAGGAAAGAACUGCUGCUCUCGUCUUUCAAACCCUUCAGCUUCCUGGAGAAGGAGGAGCAACGGAAGGAAGCCGCUCAGCAGAGGGACCCGGCCGCCAGUGCUCAGGCCAAGGCCCCCAAGCAGACUGCCUCUAGAAGGAUCCCCAGGUCCAUUCUGGAGCCAGCUCUCGGGGACAAACUCCAGGAAGCUGAGCUCUUGAGGAAAAUUCGCAUCCAAAUGAGAGCCAUGGACAUGCUCAAGAUGGCCGCCUCCCCCGUCAUCUCCUCCAGUUCCAGGGCUGACCCUCAGCUCCGCACGGCCACCCGAACCUGGCAGGAAAAGCUUGGGUUUCUGCAGACUGACUUUGCAUUCCAGCCGCGGGUGAAUCCUGCCGUCCCUGACCAUGAGGGCCUCUACAGGGCCUUCCAGAGAAGUGCUGCCAAGAGGAGGGACACCCGAGAGGGGACUCGCAACAAGCCCUUCUUGCUGAGAACCGCCAGCCUGCAUCACACUCAGAGGCCCUGUGACCCUGCCGCCGCUGGAGGGAGGGAGGGCUCUCCACAGCCACCGGCUGCUCCCAGGCCAAGGAGCCGAUCUCCGAGUGGCCUUGCUUCCCUCUCUGCCAACACCCUACCUGUGCACAUCACGGACGCCACCAGGAAGAGGGAAUCCGCAGUCAGAAGUUCACUUGAAAAAAAGAACAAAGCGCAGGAGAGUACUCAGUGGUUGGAGAUGCAUAAAAAGAAGUGUCAAGCAAUGUCCAAAUCGGUGGCCUUGCGUGCAAAAGCCAUGGAUCCCCAUAAAAGCCUGGAGGAGGUGUUCAGAGCAAAACUGCAAGAAAACCGGAACAAUGACCGUAAAAGAGCAAGAGAGUAUAAGAAAGAACUGGAGGAAAUGAAAAAGAGAAUACAAACGAGGCCUUAUCUCUUUGAACAAGUUACCAAGGACCUUGCCAGGAAAGCAGCAGAACAAAGGUAUCAAGACACCCUGAAGCAGGCGGGGCUGGAUGAAGACUUUGUGAGGAACAAGGGUCAGGGCACCAGGACCGCACAGGGGAAGGCGCAGUUGGAAGUGCAUGGCUGUCCCAGCACCCAUGAAACUACAAAGCUCGGCAUCAGAAACCCACAGCAGGAUUUAGAAGAAUCUAGAGCAGCCUGCAGGCCCCAAGAAGGAGCAGGAGGAGCUGGCUUAUGA